AUGAAGGGCGGUGCUCCGGCGUCCAACAAGGCGGCGGUGGACGCGCGCACGCUGGUGGCGCACGUCCUGGCCGUGGCCGCCAUCGUGCUGGUGCUCCUCUGGUGCAUCCACUUCCGCGGCGGCCUCGCCCUCCGCUCCCAGGACAAGCCGCUCAUCUUCAACGUCCACCCCGUGCUCAUGGUCCUCGGCCCCAUCGUCCUCGCCGGAGAAGCCAUCCUCAGCUACCGCUCUCUCCCGCUCGCGCGCGACGCCAGGAAAAAGGUGCACCUGGCGCUGCACGCCGCGGGCCUCGCCGCCGGGGUCCUCGGCGUCUACGCCGUCUUCAAGUUCCACGUCGAGAGCGGCAUCCCCAACCUCUACUCGCUCCACUCCUGGGUCGGCAUCGCCGCCAUCACCCUCUACGGGCUCCAGUGGACCGCCGGAUUCCUCACCUACUUCUUCCCCGGCGCCUCCCCCGCCACCAGCCGCAGAACGCUGCCAUGGCACGCCGUCUUCGGCCUCCUCAUCUUCGUGCUCGCCGUCUGCACCGCGCAGCUGGGCUUCCUCCAGAAGCUCACCUUCAUGCAGGGCCAGCCCCUGCGCCUGCCCAAGUACGGUGCAGAGGCGCUGCUCGUCAACUUCACCGCCGUCAUCGUGCUCCUCUUCGGCGUCGCCGUCGUGCUUGCCACCGUCAACAUCGACGGGACCAGGUACAACACCAUUAUGUGA